AUGGGAUUUGGAUUAGUAGACCAUAUUAUAUUGCAUGGAUCGAUUGCCGUCUCUUUGGGCAUCGGGAUAUACUUUGGGUUUUGGAAAAAGUCCCGUACCGCCAAUGAGUAUCUAUUGGGCAAUCAAAAGAUGAAUGUGAUACCGGUAGCUAUGUCGAUAAUUGCGAGUUGCGUGUCGGGUGUCACCUUUCUAGGAAAUAGUGCCGAUGUUUACGCGUAUGGGGCAAAUAUGCUAUGGUCUGGUAUAUCUUGCAUAUUGGCAAAUGUUAUUGGAGGUUUCUUGUUUGUCCCAGUGUUAAUAAGGUGUAGAGCUGCAAAUGUUUUUGAAUAUUUCGAGUUAAGAUUUGACAAAAAAGUUAAGAUAGUGGCCUCCUGCGCGUAUACAUUGUACGCUUUACUUUACAGCGCAAUUUUGGCUUACGUUCCAGCCAUAGCGCUUGCUCAGGCAACCGAUAUCCAUCCCCAAAUUGUUACUUCUAUUGUAUGCACCUUGUGCGUCUUUUACACGACUGUUGGGGGAUUCAGAGCGGUAAUAUGGACGGAUGUGUUUCAAUUGAUUGGUAUAACCAUAUGUGUCGUUUUCAUACUCGUGCUGGGAAUAAAGUCGAUAGGCAGCAUAGGUGGGAUUAUAGAAAUGGCGGUCGAUGGCCAACGAUUGGAUUUUAACCUCGAUCCAACGAUAAGAGAUGGAUUUUGGCAGGCGGUACUAGGCGGUAUGGUUCUUUGGAUGUUCGUCGCAGCAUUCCAUCCCGGAACCGUGCAAAGAUAUCUAUCUGUCUCCGAGUUUAAAAAUGUCGUAAGGCAGGUUAAUGAAAACACAUGUUUAUAUUCUUCAUAA